CCGGGUUCGUGUUCAUUCUACCCCCGCCGAGCAGCUGUAAAAAGCAAGUCUAUCCUGCAAACUAGCAAUGCGGAUCGCGUGUGUGCCAGACCGGUUGGCGCCUGCUUCAUUCUGCAAUGACUGCUGCUGCUCCCCUUCUGCCUGGGAGGAUCAGCGCGCGUUUCUAUAGCAGCUGUUGAGCAGAAACGGCACGAAACGCAGAUCAACCUGCGACAAAUCCGUUCAAAGAAAGAGACCGCGAAUACACCCGCCGAGCAUCGGCAGGAAGAGACGAAGCAAAAAGAAGCGAGUUAGUCCACACGAAUCAGGAGGUGUUGAAAUCUCCCGCUGGUAGUCUCACAAAGAUUUCCACAUCUUUAGUACCUGGGGAUGAACCCACCCAUGAGGAGUCUGACAAUAUAUUCCUUAUAUAGCACUGCUAGUCCCAGCAUGCUGAAGAGGAAACAAAGCUCACGGGUAGAAGCCCAACCAGUGACAGAUUUUGGCCCAGAUGAAACACUUACUGAUAAUGCAGAUAUCCUAUGGAUCAAUAAACCAUGGGUGCACUCUCUGCUUCGUGCCUGUGCAAUAAUCAGUGUCAUUUCUGUGUGCAUGAAUACACCUAAGACAUUUGAGCACUAUCCACCCCUUCAAUAUGUGACCUUCGCUCUGGACACUCUACUAAUGUUCCUGUACACCGCUGAGAUGAUUGCAAAAAUGCACAUUCGUGGUAUAGUUAAGGGUGAUAAUUCAUAUGUAAAGGAUCGAUGGUGUGUUUUUGAUGGAUUCAUGGUGUUUUGCUUGUGGGUCUCACUAGUCUUACAGGUAUUUGAAAUAGCUGAAAUAGUAGAUCAAAUGUCACCAUGGGGAAUGCUGCGAAUCCCAAGGGCACUUAUAAUGAUUCGUGCUUUUCGGAUUUACUUUCGAUUUGAACUUCCUCGAACAAGAAUAACAAACAUUUUAAAGCGUUCUGGGGAGCAAAUUUGGAGUGUCUCCAUAUUCCUCCUUUUUUUUCUACUGCUAUAUGGAAUUUUAGGAGUUCAAAUGUUUGGAACAUUUACUUACCACUGUGUGACAAAUGACACACAACUUGGGAAUGUUUCUUGGAAUAAUCUAGCAAUUCCUGACACACAUUGCUCACCUGAUGGGGAAGGAUACCAGUGUCCCAUGGGAUUUAAGUGCAUGGACCUCGAAGAUCUUGGCCUUAGUAGACAAGAGCUUGGAUACAGUGGCUUCAAUGAAAUAGGUACAAGUAUAUUUACAGUUUAUGAAGCAGCUUCUCAAGAAGGCUGGGUCUUCUUAAUGUAUAGAGCAAUUGACAGCUUUCCCCGCUGGCGUUCCUAUUUCUACUUCAUCACGCUAAUCUUCUUUCUGGCUUGGCUUGUAAAGAAUGUCUUUAUUGCUGUUAUAAUUGAGACAUUUGCAGAAAUCAGAGUGCAAUUUCAACAGAUGUGGGGGUCACGAAGCAGUACAACUUCAACAGCCACAACACAGAUGUUUCAUGAGGAUGCUGCAGGAGGAUGGCAAUUAGUUGCUGUUGAUGUCAACAAACCCCAUGGCAGAGCUCCAGCAUGCUUACAGCAAUUAAUGCGAUCUUCAGUCUUCCACAUGUUUAUUCUUAGUAUGGUUGCUGUUGAUGUGAUUGUUGCUGCUAGCAAUUACUACAAAGGGGAGAACUAUCGUCGCCAGUAUGAUGAGUUCUACCUGGCUGAGGUUGCAUUCACUGUUCUCUUCGAUCUAGAGGCCCUUCUAAAAAUCUGGUGUUUAGGAUUUACUGGUUAUAUAAGUUCUUCCCUUCAUAAGUUUGAAUCCCUUCUUGUUGUUGGAACAACACUGCACAUCUAUCCAGACCUGUAUCAUUCUCAGUUCACCUAUUUUCAGGUUCUCAGAGUAGUUCGUUUAAUUAAAAUUUCCCCAGCUCUGGAAGAUUUUGUGUACAAGAUAUUUGGACCAGGAAAAAAGCUUGGAAGCUUAGUGGUUUUCACAGCUAGUCUCCUGAUUGUGAUGUCUGCCAUCAGCUUACAAAUGUUCUGCUUUGUUGAAGAACUAGACAGAUUCACUACCUUUCCAAGGGCCUUUAUGUCUAUGUUCCAAAUACUAACACAGGAAGGAUGGGUGGAUGUAAUGGAUCAAACUCUUGUUGCAGUUGGCCAUAUGUGGGCUCCAGUAGUAGCCAUUUACUUCAUAUUAUAUCAUCUGUUUGCAACCCUGAUCUUGCUGAGCUUAUUUGUUGCUGUAAUUCUAGACAAUCUUGAGCUUGAUGAAGACUUAAAAAAGCUUAAACAGCUAAAACAAAGUGAAGCCAAUGCUGACACAAAAGAAAAACUUCCUUUGCGGCUUCGUAUAUUUGAGAAAUUUCCCAACCGGCCACAGAUGGUGAAAAUCUCCAAGCUCCCUUCCGAUUUUACAGUUCCUCGAAUCAGGGAAAGCUUCAUGAAGCAGUUCAUUGACCGCCAACAGCAAGACACCAGUUGUUUGUUACGUAGACUUCCCUCUGCAUCCUCUUCUUCCUGUGAUCAUUCAAAAAGGUCUGGAAUUGAAGAUAACAAGUAUAUAGAUCGAAAGCUGCAGAAGUCUGUUUCUAGCAUUCGUGCCCGAAAUCUUCUUGAGAAAGAAAGUGCCAUUAAUAAAAUUCUCCGAGCUUGCACUCGACAGCGAAUGCUGAGUGGAUCAUUUGAGGGCCAGCCAGCCAAAGAGCGCUCAAUUCUCAGUGUACAACAUCACAUCCGCCAGGAACGCAGGUCUCUGAGACAUGGGUCCAAUAGCCAGCGAAUCAGUCGAGGGAAAUCUCUAGAAACACUGACCCAGGAUCACUCCAGCACUGUUAGGUAUCGAAAUGCUCAACGUGAGGAUAGCGAGAUCAAAAUGAUCCAGGAAAAGAAAGAACAAGCUGAGAUGAAAAGAAAAGUACAGGAGGAAGAGCUGCGGGAAAAUCACCCGUAUUUUGAUAAACCAUUAUUUAUAGUGGGUCGAGAACACAGGUUCAGAAACUUCUGCAGACUGAUAGUGCGAGCUCGUUUUAAUGCCUCAAAGACAGACCCAAUUACAGGAGCUGUCAAAAAUACAAAAUACCACCAGCUUUAUGAUCUGUUUGGAUUGGUCACCUAUCUGGACUGGGUUAUGAUAGUUGUAACAAUAUGCUCCUGUAUUUCUAUGUUGUUUGAGUCUCCAUUUACAAGAGUUAUGCAUGUUCCUACUUUACAGAUUGCUGAAUAUGUUUUUGUCAUUUUCAUGAGCUUUGAGCUCAAUUUAAAAAUAAUGGCAGAUGGAUUAUUUUUUACCCCUACUGCUGUGAUCAGAGACUUUGGAGGAGUUAUGGACAUCUUCAUCUAUCUUGUAAGCUUAAUAUUUCUUUGCUGGAUGCCACCCAAUGUACCUCCCAAAUCAGGAGCCCAGCUGCUAAUGAUGCUUCGCUGCCUUAGACCACUCCGCAUCUUUAAACUAGUUCCACAGAUGCGAAAGGUUGUGAGAGAACUCUUCAGUGGAUUUAAAGAAAUAUUUUUGGUCUCAAUUCUUUUGUUAACGUUAAUGCUUGUGUUUGCAAGCUUUGGAGUCCAACUUUUCGCAGGGAAACUAGCCAAGUGCAAUGAUCCCCGUAUAACUAAAAGGGAAGACUGCCAUGGUAUUUUUCGAAUUAAUGUAAGUGUGUCAAAAAAUCUGAAUCUGAAAUUAAAAACUGAAGAAAAGAAGCCAGGAUUUUGGGUUCCACGGGUUUGGGUAAAUCCCAGAAAUUUCAAUUUUGAUAAUGUUGGAAAUGCUAUGUUGGCUCUUUUUGAAGUUCUUUCAUUGAAAGGCUGGGUGGAGGUCAGAGAUGUCAUUAUCCAUCGAGUAGGACCAAUCCAUGGUAUAUAUAUACACGUGUUUGUUUUCCUUGGCUGCAUGAUUGGACUGACCCUUUUUGUCGGUGUUGUAAUUGCUAAUUUCAAUGAAAACAAGGGAACAGCUCUGUUGACUGUUGAUCAGAGGAGAUGGGAAGACCUGAAGAGCAGACUGAAAAUUGCACAACCUCUUCACCUCCCUCCUCUGACCUGUGGAAGGAGCAAGUCCAGAAAGUUGAAAGAAGAAGUCAUGUCAGAGCUGUUCACGCUGAGGAUCCGCGGGUCUGAGCAUGAAAGGAAAGGAGAGACAUUAGAUGACAGUUCUAACCCUCGACACAGGAUAGAACUACUUGAUAAUGAUGGGUUCCGGGCAAAAAUGUAUGACAUUACUCAGCAUCCCUUUUUCAAACGUACAAUUGCUGUCCUUGUCCUGGCUCAAUCUGUAUUACUUUCAGUGAAGUGGGAUGUGGAUGAUCCUGUAACUGUCCCAUUGGCAACAAUGUCAGUUGUAUUUACCUUCAUUUUUGUCUUAGAGGUUACUAUGAAAUUAAUUGCAAUGUCACCUGCUGGGUUUUGGCAGAGCAGAAGAAAUCGUUAUGAUUUAUUAGUGACUUCCCUUGGAGUCAUUUGGGUAAUCCUGCACUUUGCUUUAUUGAAUGAAUAUACUUACAUGAUGGGAGCCUGCAUUAUAGUUUUUAGAUUCUUUUCUAUCUGUGGGAAGCACGUGACACUUAAAAUGUUGCUGCUCACUGUGGUUGUCAGUAUGUACAAAAGUUUCUUCAUCAUCGUGGGGAUGUUUCUUUUGCUCCUCUGCUAUGCCUUUGCUGGUGUAGUAUUGUUUGGCACUGUGAAGUACGGAGAAAAUAUUAACAGACAUGCAAACUUCUCAACUGCUGGGAAAGCCAUAACAGUUCUAUUCAGGAUUGUUACCGGGGAAGACUGGAACAAGAUCAUGCAUGAUUGUAUGGUUCAGCCCCCUUUCUGUACCCCUGACAACCACCGAUACUGGGAGACAGACUGUGGAAAUUAUGCUGGAGCACUCAUGUACUUUUGCUCCUUUUAUGUUAUCAUUGCUUACAUAAUGCUCAACUUACUUGUAGCAAUCAUUGUGGAGAACUUCUCAUUGUUUUACUCUACUGAAGAAGAUCAGCUGCUUAGUUACAAUGAUCUGAGGCAUUUUCAGAUUAUUUGGAAUAUGGUGGAUGACAAAAGAGAGGGUGUUAUACCAACAUCCCGAGUGAAAUUUCUUCUCAGGCUGCUACGAGGCAGACUGGAAGUUGAUCUAGAUAAGGAUAAGCUCUUAUUUAAGCAUAUGUGCUAUGAAAUGGAAAGACUACAUAAUGGAGGGGAUGUUACAUUCCAUGAUGUCCUAAGCAUGCUGUCGUACAGAUCAGUGGACAUCAGGAAAAGCCUUCAGCUGGAAGAGCUGCUUGCCAGGGAACAGCUGGAAUACACGAUUGAAGAAGAGGUGGCCAAACAGACGAUACGCAUGUGGCUGAAAAAGUGCUUAAAACGCAUCCGGGCAAAACAGCAGCAGUCAUGCAGCAUUAUUCACAGUCUUCGAGAAAGCCAGCAGCAGGAACUGAGUCGUUUCCUUAACCCCCCUAGCAUUGAAACAACAAAGCCCAGUGAAGAUGCCCAUGCAAACAAUCAAGACAACCCCUCUCAGCCAGAGACAAGCAGCCAGCAGCAGUUGCUCAGUCCAACACUUUCAGACAGAGGAGGACACCGCCAGGACUCUACUGAAAUGGGUAAACCACAGAGAAAGUUUGGACAAUGGCGUCUUCCGGCUGGUCGCAGCAGCAUGAGGUCCAUUGUGUGCAAGAUGAACCCGGUAUCUGAUGAAGCCUCAUCGGGUUCAGAGGUGAAGAAAUGGUGGACACGCCAACUGACAGUGGAGAGUGAUGAAAGUGGAGAUGAUCUCCUGGACAUUUAAAUACAGACAUUAAUCAAAGAUGUACAAUAUGAUACGAUUCAGGAAUAAAAGUUAUGUAAUGCAAUAUAAGAUGACAAAGUUAUUAUUUUGAAUCUAUUUUAAAAUGUUUAUAAUAUGCCUUUUUUAAAGUGGCACUAGUCAUUAGUGGCAGUUGCUUACCAGGUCAGAUUAUGUUAUUUUUUGUUUUGAUGUAAUAUUUCACCAAGACCCUACAUCGUCUAUGGUAUCUUAGUGUGUGUGUUUUCUGUGAGAUUAUACUGUAUGUGUCACGCCCAGGGUCAGACAAAUCAAGUGCCAUCAACCGAGUUUGACCUGGAACUGAUACUGACCUACCUCUUAUAAUCAGAGCUUUCGUGAAAUGGCUUCAGUAUUGCUUUUUAAAGUUUUCACAUUGCCCAAAAGUCUUGAGUCUUACAUUUAUGUCUGCUAUGUGUAAUUUCAUACAUACUAUUGAUCUAUAGUCACAUUUUAAUGUUAGCAGUUUUUUCAUUUGUUUAUAUUAUGUCUAACCCACUGAAGCUGCUCCAAAAUAAUCAAUUCUGUUAAAUUAUAAAGUGUAUUGUGUAAUAUGAGUAUCUUUUAUAGAAUAAUGUAAAGGUGUUAAGCCUCAAAUUUUAUUUAUUCCAAAUAAGCCGUUAAACUAAUACAAUCAAUAAAAGAUAACAUUCUUGAUUUCAUCACACAAUCAGUGUUGUAUCUAGCCAAACUUUGUUCUGUCACUUAAAUGAGGCCCAUUUGGGUUUAUGCAUCGAGGUUCAAUAUAUUAAAACACUUGUUUGUAAAGCUAUUUCAAAUAGCUUAGUGUUAAAGUCAGAGACUGCUGAGGCAGUCUUCGUUUCUAUCCUAUUAGACUUGCAGAGACAGGCGAGUGCACUGCGUUCAUGGGCCUUAAUCUCCUUACUGCAUUUAAGCAGAAUGCACAUGCCUGUCCAAUUCAUUUUCUUGUUAAUCAUGCCUGUUGUUUUAUUUAUUAGUUUUAUCUUGGGACUCAACUUCAAAACCCUGCUCAGUAGCACUCACACUGCAAGAAUUUCAUAAUAAUCUUUUACAUCAUUUUUAUGGAUCAUUCUUGAUUUGCUGAAAAAGUGCUGCUGUAAGUAGACCAACUUUAGUACCAGAGCCAGAAAAACAAAAAAAAUCAUAUGCCUAUUGAAUCUCUCAACACCGGCAGAGCUCAUAGACUACAGUAUGUAAACAUGCCUGACUAAUAAAACUGCUUCUAAAUGCAGAGCUGGAAAUAGGCUGCCUAUUGUAUUAUGAUAUGGUGGGAGAAAUUCAAGAACACCCUGAUGAAGACACUCGUGCAUCCUUAACUCUCAUAGCAGUCACUUGACCUUUUUGCACUGUCACUGUAUAAGUAUAGAAUGAAUCUAACUGACCUACGACACUCCAAUCUUCAGUGGGUUUCGUGUCCCCCAAGAAUGACGCUACAUUUUUCAUAAAUACUGUGCCAUUUAAAAUAAAUAUUUAGUAAUGCAGGGAGGAUAUACCUUUAUAUAUGUUGCACUACAUAAUAAUCUUAAACUGAAAUGUUAUGAAUUACAUUUGAAGCAGAGCCUUGAGAAGGAGCAGCAGCAUGUGUUCUACUUGUGAUUACCUCUUAAUGUGCAAAAAGAGCAGAGAAAACUUUUUCAUAAGAUCACAGAACUGAAACUACACACAUUGAUUAGUGAUGGUAUGGGGUUAAAUAAGUCCAAGCAAACAUGGCAGUUAUGCACCUAGGGCUGAUUCUUACUUAGUUACACAUGUGGUGUGACACUAGAGGGCGCUGUCGCUCCUCUAACCCGACAGAUAAAUGUCCAGGACACCAGGUAAAAGCACAAAAAGGUUGUGCCUCUAAGCACCCCAGCCACCAUACACAGGCAAGUAAUAUUAAUAAAUACAAUAACUAUUCUCAACAAUAAUGAUUUUCUACUCCACACCUCCCAGCAAGCUCUGUCAACUACCUCCCAAAUCCAGCUCGCUUGCUGGGUUCUCAACAGUCCAUUAUAUAGUCCUUGACCAGGAAGUGCUUCCUUUCUUCCUCCCAUGUGUAUUGCCAGCACUUCCAGGUCAAAUGGAGGGCUUGAGUUUUCUUCAGCCCGGAAGUACUUCGGGGCUUCUGUCCCCAUGACUUGACUGUGAAGCCGAACUCUAUAUCCCAUGGUGCCCUGCAGGAAUCCGAGGCACUGCUAUCUAGCGUCCUGGGGGAGGCAGUGUCUAAAAGUAGCUGCCUUCUCCCAUUAUUCCAUUCUUUGGGCGUGCCGUCCAUCAUUGUGGCCAAGACAAGCUCCAACCUCCAUGACACUUAGUUUGAUCUAAAUGAUUGGAGAAUGCUAGAUUAUUUAAAGACUUGAAAGUUUUUUUAAAUUACUUUGUCUAUUAACAUUUUCCAAUACAGUGUUACAGGGAUAUUCAUCUGGCACCAGAAUGGAAUCAGCUCAGUGUAGCCCACCACAAAUGCCCAUCAACCUAACACUUACAUCUUUAAAGAGUGAGAAAACAUUUGGUGCAUAUGGCAAAUUAUAAAAGAGAUCAACAAAUCACAUUGAUAUAAAGAAAUGAUGAACAGUGACCUGGCUGUAACAUGAAGUUCCUCAACCUGCAGCACCAUAUUGCCACCUCCAUAUUGCCAUGUUCUUUUUCACAGGUCUGGUAUACAUAAAGAGGUUUUAUCUUUAAAAACCACCUUCUACAUCUUAUCUGCAUGUUUAUUAACAAUUUUAAUGUGUGUAGUUGAAGCUGUGGCUCCACAUACAGAUUAGCACAGUUUGUAAACCACCUAAAUGGUACGUAAAGUUAUUAUAUUGGAAGUAAAUAGGGCUGGAUUACUAAGGCCUUAUAGUUUUAUCUUAACAAUAUUGUAAUGGGAUUGAAUAACACAUUACCGUAUAUACUCACGUAUAAGUUGGGUCUUGAAACCCGAAAAAUUGGUCAUAAAAUCAGACCCCGACUUAUACGCUGGUUCAAAAAUACGACACUUACAUUUUUUUUUUUACAUCUUCUUGUCUCCUCCAGCCUUGCAUCAGUUUCUCAGAC